CAUUCCUCCUGUGCCGGUGACCUUGCCUUGACAACAACCUGCAGCCGUAAAGCAAGUUUAAUUCCCUGGCAAGAAGACUGGCGACAGCUAUCGCUGAAUAUAUUGUUUACUCUAAUAUAUGGCAUUCUUCCCUGGAAACCCUGGAGUUGGUGUUUGCCGGGUCUGAUUGCAAAUAAUGAAAUAGAUAGACCACAAUGGAUUUCAGUUCCUCCUCGGUGUUYGAUCAGCACAAAGGUGAUGCGGCAGAAGAGCUGGACCUGACCGUGGUUUACCAAGCAGCAGCUCAGGGCGACGUGAACACCCUGACCGCGGUGAUUCGGGAAGACCCUUCCAUCCUGGAGUGCUGCGACAGCGAGGGUUGCACCCCUUUGAUGCAUGCUGUGUCAGGACGCCAGGUUGAUACAGUGAAGCUCCUACUGAAGAUGGGAGCAAAUAUUAACACUCAAGAUGCUUGUGGACGAACCAGUUUAUCUCUGGCAACUUAUCUGGGCUGGCUAGAAGGCUGCGUCAGCCUGCUCAGAAAUGGUGCUAAACAGAACAUACCGGACAAGAAUGGAAGAUUGCCACUCCAUGCAGCUACUGCAGAGCCUGAUGUGAGGCUCCUGAAUGUGCUUCUGCAGCAGUCAAAUCUUAGCGAAAUUAAUCAUCAGGACAACGAGGGAAUGACCUCCCUUCACUGGGCCGCCUUCCACAACAGGCCCCAGCACGCGCAGACGCUGCUGCAGAAGGGAGCAGACCUCACCCUGGUGGACAAGGACUUCAAAACAGCCCUGCACUGGGCUGUGCAGAGCGGCAACAGGAUCCUGUGCUCCAUCAUCCUGGACCACUACCAGGGCCCCUCGAUAAUAAACUACGACGAUGAGAAUGGCAAAACAUGUCUGCACAUUGCUGCUGCUGCGGGCUACAGCGACAUUAUCCGCGCGCUGGCCAAAGUGCCCGAGUGCAACCUGCAGGCCCUCGAUGUGGAUGACAGGACACCUCUGCACUGGGCUGCAGCCGCGGGGAAAGCCGACUGUGUGCAGACCCUGCUGGAGCUGGGCAUAGAGAGCAGCCCGCGGGACAUCAACGAGAACACCCCCCUCUCCUACGCCGUGUACUGCGGGCACACAGCGUGCAUCAAGCUGCUCUCCCAGGAGAACAGAUCUGAGCCAGUUUAUCAGUUUCCCCCUCAGAACGACAGACUCCUCAAGAAGGAAGGCAGGUUCAGCAUGCUGAACCACAUCUUUUCCUGCAAAAAGAAGAGAGAGGAUCAGAAAACCACCCAGAAGGACAGAAGCAGAGACCGGCACCCAGGAGAGGAGACCUCGGAAGUGGAUGACAUCAUCACCACUUUUGAUUGCAUUAUGGACCCAAGCUGCAAAGACCUUCCAGAUGACCGCAUGGCCCCUGCUGACUUGAAGAGACGGAGCACAGACACGAAGAAGGGCCUCAUCUCUGGCAAGAAGCAGCCCGAGUGCAACAGACUCCUGCCCGUUCGAACGCAGAGCCUCCCCCCAAUCACCGUGGGCAGCUCUUUCCUAACGGCCUCCCAGAGCCCGGCCUCGAGCCUCUGCUCCGGCAGCACCGGCAGCCACCGCCUCGCACACAGGUCUCACAAGAGCAGGAGCGAACACAGCCUGCUAGAGCCCCGAAGCAGCUGCCAGGCUUUGCUGAAUGAGCCGUGGAGCGCAGAUUCCCACCAAAUCCUCUCCUACAAAGUCUGUGCAGGAACUUCUUCGGACAAACUGAUAAAUGCCUUAAGCUCUGACAGAUCCCACCACUUGCUUUUGUGCCCUCCUCGCCUUCCCUCACUUCCCAGUUCUCCAUCAGGUAAACGUUUUCAACAGAUGUCCUUAGAUCAGUCCACAACAGAAGUUGCUACUCCUGUCAGGACCAGCUUAGCCCCCAUACACAGCCACUGCGCUCAGACGAAUCAGCUCCCAUCUAGUCAAGUUCCUCAAGGUGUUAAGAAGUCUAACUCCCUGCCUUUAAAUUCUUUAAGGACUGGGGCAGUUUUUCUUCCCCCAGCCCAAACCUGCAGGUUGCAGAGAAGAGGAUUUUCUCAGAGUCAUUCACUCCAUUCCUUCUUACCCGGUCUACCAGGAGAAACUCUGAAACCAACUCGGGUCCUACCUGCUAUCCCAAGCCAGAAGAAAUCUAACCCUGAAGCAGAAGACCUUGAGAAAUCCCCCGUCAAACCAGACCCUGAAAAUUAACUCAUUAUGCUGGCCUCAAGCACAUCGUUUGAAAUACACCUAGGCGCUUCUACCAAAAUAACUAUGAAGUAAAAUCUUAUUGAUUUGCACUAAUGAUGCUCUUGUGAACUGAGCUAUAAAAGGACAAACAAGAAAGAAAUGGCAUUACAUCACAAAAGCUACACUGUGUAUUUAUAUAAACAUUUUCAUUACAGCUUUAAUUUAUGAUGGAAUUAAUGAAUCGGUAUUUACUGUGCUGUGAAGCUGUUUUGUGAGUAGGAUCCCCAUAACAUGCCAUCUUGCUGCGGCACUGUCUUGUUAAACCUUUGAU